AAUAAAAAAAAUAAUAAAAUCUCACGUCAUAAGUCACAUAAAUUUACGCACCUCUGAAGAGCUUGACGCUGAUUGGACGUUGUUGGGUUUUUCCCUCCUCCUUUACCGGAACCAUGACCCACCUUCACGUGGAGCGCGCGCGCCUUUACGCGCUCGGGGUUUGUAUAUAAAGGCGCACAGACGCGUCCCGUUACAGCUCAGAGCAACUCCUGAAGCGCGAUAAAAACACUUAACAACCCGCUGAACAGGUGAGGGUGAGGACGACGACCAUGGUGAUGAUGAUGAGGAGGAUGAUGAUGAGGUGCGCGCCGGAGAGGUCCGUGAGAUCCGCCGUGAUGCUCGCGGCCGUCGCCGUGCUGCUCUCGUGCUGUCCCGCAGACGCGUGGUACAAGCAGGCCACCGGGCCGAGCUACUACUCCGUGGGCAGAGCCUCGGGUUUGCUGUCCGGCAUCCGCAGGUCGCCGUACGUCCGCAGGUCCGACACGGAGUCCGCGCUGGACGCAGCAGAGCGCACCGGAAACAGCGUGAUGCCCGAGCUGAGCGCGCGACACACACCUGUCCUGAAAAACAUGGCCAUCUGCAUCAAGGACAUUUCUCCGAACCUGCAGAGCUGUGAGCCGAUGCAGGACGGCUGGAACACGUUCCGGUGCAGGGCCGAAGUCCUGCUCGCGCUCGACUCGCUCGACUGCUUGGUGGCGUGAGCGGCGCGUGAGCACGGAACCCAACCCCGGUCCUGGAGAACCCCCUGUCCUGCACGGUUCAGUGUUUUUCCUGCUCUAACACGCCGUCAGGACAGAGGGCUUCUCCAGGACCAGGGUUGGGAACCUGUCUUCUAGAGACCCCCUUUCCUGUUAUUCCAAAAAUCCGAAAAAAAUAAGACCCGAUACACAACAGCAUCAUUUAGACACCGAAAUCUGUUUUGAUGCUCUAUUUAGUACGGUACUUUCCGGUCUGUUUAGGAUGCUCUCACUCGCUCUCCUGUUCAGAUCUCCAUUUCCACUCGGACUCCUGACCCUGAAUGUUAUUUAUUUUCCACCAUCUUAUCUACGAAAACAACAACAAAAAAAAAAUCGACUAAACUCCAAAAAUGUUCUAUGUGUAUGUGUGAGAGAGAAAGAGUGAGAGAGACAGAAACGGUAUCACUGUUUGUCCCUUCUGUAGCCAAAUGUGUGUGUAAAUGUGUAUAAACUGUUUAAAGAAUGUUAUUUUAUUUAUUAAACUCGACAGAUGGUUGA